AAGAUAUAACACAAUUGAAAUGCACUCUAACAAAAGCACUACAAAACCACUCUCCACGCCUACACCUCUCUCUCUCUCUCUCUCUCUCUCUCAUCACCUCCACCACCAACAUUAAUGGCGCUCCUCCCCCUGCACCUUCUCCUCCCCCUCCCUCUCUCCCCUCUCCGCCCCCCAAAACUCCACCUUCACCGCCCCGCGAAGCUCCGCACCAUCAGAUCCCUCGCCGGAACCCUAGACGGGGCCUCGCCGGAGAAGCCGCGGAGGUGGGAGAGGGCGCUCUCCGCGGCGGCGAGCCUCUACCCGGUCUACGUCACCCUCGGCGGCGCAGCCGCGUGCGCGAACCCGGGGGCCUUCACGUGGUUCGUGCAGCGGGGCCCCGCGUCGUAUAGCUUCGCUCUAGGGUUCAUAAUGCUCGCCAUGGGCCUAACCCUAGAGCUCAGGGACCUCCUAGGUCUCUUCCGCAAGAGGCCCUUCUCUAUAUUGUUCGGUUGCGUUGCUCAGUACACAAUAAUGCCAGCUUUCGGAGCUAUAGUUAGCAAAGCACUUAAUCUCCCCCCCUCGCUCUCGGUUGGUCUCAUUCUUCUAGCAUGCUGUCCUGGUGGAACUGCAUCUAAUGUGGUGACUUUGAUCGCCCAAGGUGACGUGCCGUUAUCAAUUGUAAUGACUGUGUGCACCACUCUAACUGCAGUCGUUCUCACCCCUCUGCUAACAAAAAUUCUCGCUGGAGCCUAUGUCCCUGUGGAUGCCGUGAAGCUCUCCUUAAGUACUCUUCAGAUAGUCGUUGCUCCGAUUUUAUUGGGCUCUUACAUGCAAAGCACAUUUCCAGCCGCCGUAAAAGUCGUCACCCCCUUUGCUCCCCUUCUUGCUGUAUUAGUUUCCUCACUACUUGCGAGCAGUGUGUUCUCCGAAAACGUUGCUCGUUUGAAGACAUCAUUAGCAGACACACCCUACGCCUCUGAUCAAGGCGCAAUUUUUGGAGAUCUGAAGACGGUCAUAUUGUCGGUCCUCUUGCUGCAUCUCGCUGGCUUUUUCGUCGGAUAUCUAUCGGCAGCGAUAUGUGGUUUCAAAGAAAGACAGCGAAGAGCAAUUUCAAUUGAGGUCGGCAUGCAAAAUUCGUCACUUGGUGUAGUUCUAGCAACUGCUCAUUUUUCGUCUCCGCUGGUAGCUUUGCCCGCAGCUCUCUCGGCUAUAAUUAUGAAUAUCAUGGGUAGUUCGCUGGGCUUCGUGUGGAGAUACGUCGAUCCAUCCGAUCCAUCCGAUACCAGGAACGAAUCCUAGUCCUUCGAUAGGACUCUUUUUGUUUUUAUUUUUAUUUUUUUUCGACUGUUCUAUGCAGUUAACAAUGUUAUAAAGCUGUGUAUAUCUUGGACCUUUUAAGACCUUGGCAUUAGUUGAAGACUCUUUUGUGCAAGGAUGCUUUGUGUAUAUGUAUGUGUAUGUAAUGCUUGGUUUUGUUGCAUAUGUAGUAAAAUAAAUGAAUUUCUCAA